UUUUCUUUUCUUUUCUUUUCUCUUCUCUAAUGUGAAUCCUAAAAUUUCCCAAGGAUUCGAAAUCUUCAAUUAUUGGGUUUGAUGCCUUUAAUUCUAAGUCAUGUGCGUUUAAUCUCUCUGCAGGAUCCCCAGUUGCCCAAGUCUGAGUAAAGAAAGGAACUGCAUUUAUGGAUAUGUCAUUGGAAAAAUGGAUUUCGGAACUGGAAAUGGAAGAUUACAACUUCAUAGAACAGUAUCAAACAAACUCAAAUGUAUUCGACUCUGUUGUUGAGUUUACACAACUAGAUACUGUACCGGGACCGGGAGAGAAUCUUCAAAAGUCCUCUUCUUCUGGGAGCUACACUUCUUGCCCUACCUUGAAUCCAAAGACCAACAACACUAACACCAACACCACUACCUCUACCACCACUACUGCCACAACCUUAAACGGGGGUUUAUCAGCUAUUGAGAUUUGUGAGAGUAGCCUCGGGAGACCGACAAAACAAAUCAAAACUAACACUCGCAACAAAGUGACUGGCUUUGCUGCUGAACAAGUUAUUAGCCCAAACACUUCAUCUGAUUUGGACAUUUAUUUAGCGGAUUUGGGUUCGCCGCCGAGCUCGCCGUCAGGGAAUCCUCAGCACCAACAGUUGUGUGAAAAUGUGGAGAAUAAUUUGGAGACAAAGGACGAGGUGGUUUCUAAUAAAAACAUGAAUAAUGCACCAAAAGCUGGUCAGAAGAGGUCGUCGAGCACUGUAAUUACUAGAACUCCUUUGGAGGCUCAAGAUCGUGUAAUGGCAGAGAGAAAGAGGAGAGAGAAUCUCAGUCAACGCUUCAUUGCUCUUUCUGCCAUUGUUCCUGGCUUGAAGAAGAUGGAUAAAGCUUCUGUACUUGGAGAUGCUAUAAAGUACUUAAAACAUCUUCAAGAACAUGUGAAAUUACUUGAGGAACAAAUCAACAAGAAAUCCGAAGAAUCAGUUGUUUUUGUGAAGAAAUCUCAGCUUUGUGCGGAAGAUGACACAUCUUCUUGCGACGAGAAUUUUCACGGACACUUUAAGGAGACACUGCCAGAAAUAGAAGCAAGAAUUUCAGAAAAGAGUGUGCUGAUUAGAAUCCACUGUGAGAAGCAAAAAGGGUUUGCUGUGAAACUACUCAGUGAAAUAGAGAGGCUUAAUUUGAGUGUUGUCAAUAGCAGUUUCUUGCCUUUUGGCCAAUAUGCUAUGGAUAUCACUGUUGUUGCCCAGAUGGAUGAUGAGUUUCGUAUGACGGUGAAGGAUCUGGUGAGAAAUCUACGGUCGGCAUUAUUUGAGUUCUUGUGAGGUGAAAUGGGGUGCAUGAACAGAUCCAAAACCAGUUCCAAUGAAGAAGAGAUCAACCAGGUUGUAAUAGUUGUAAUGUACAUGAUGAAUAAAUUGGAAAAUAAUAACAAGCCAAGGGAAAUGCUAGGAAUAAAUCCCAGCAGUAAUUUGAUUUGUUAGUUAGUAUUAUCUAGUCAAUAUUAUCUACGCCAUUUUCAUAGUUUGUUUUUCAAGGUGCUUUGGGGUUUAUUGUCUCUCCCUUGUGUAUAUGUCUGGUUGACUUGAUCGAUUAUUUGACAUUUUGGAAUUAUAAGUUCUUUUCUUUUCUU